AUGAUCACGAGUGGCGCCAUUUUCGUGUUCAGCGUCGAGGAAAGUGGUAUCAAACGCUGGACAGAAGGACUAGCGUGGUCGCAGUCUCGAAUUUCUGGCAAUUUCUUGAUCUAUAGGGAAGUUACUGACAGGAGCAGCCUCCGGGGCUCUCAUCAAGGGUCAGACCCGUCGGAAAUCUCACCCGCUGGCCCGAUAGCAGAUGGACAUGUUACGCUGAAGCCUAAUGGAUUGAUCAAGAAGACGAUCACGGUGAAAAUUAAUGGCUCGGAUCAUCAUCUUAUCUCGUAUUUUACCCAGGAAGAUGUGCGCUCCGGCAAGCUUCGCAGACCUACUAGUCGUCCAGAUCUCAUGGCGCUGGGAAUACCACAGGAGCUUCUUCAGUCCGCUAACUUUCGGUAUCCCCUGAAGCUUGAGGGCCAAUAUGGCGGUUACCCAUCACACUUCGACGACACAGAUGGGAUAGAUAAUCAGCGUAAGGGAGCUGUCGGUCCCGUUCCCCAUCCCAUCAAGACAGGCAGCCGGACUGCAUUACGAUUGGAAGAUAAUUUCUCGGGCCUUUCUCCCAUAGAAAUGUCACCGGCCACGUACUCAGCCCAGGAUGGCCGGUCUUCCCAGAUGGACCUUCAUUAUCCAUCACAUCAUAACCACCCAGCCGUUGCUGCGCAGACACCCCAGGCACAGUAUGCUAGCGGCGACCACGGCGCUCAUUCACUCGACUCGACUCGCUCCCGGGACCCCAUUUGGUCCCCCUCCUAUGCUCAAGUGUCGUAUUCGAUCAGCGCAGAGACAUCAGCAACGUAUCCCACACCCAUAUCAAUAAGUCCACCACAAUCCAUUCACGUCGGAAGAGACGAGGCGUGGACGCACCAUGCCUCACGGCUGAGACGCGGUCCAGACCAGGGUCUCUCCCGCAUUGACAUUGCGGCACAGUCUGAGAUGGCGACAUGGGCACACGGUGAUGGCGCAUCCCCGAUCUUAGAGCAACAAUACGCGUCAGCCCCAGCGGCGUCCACUUCUAUCAACGCCCAGUUUCCUGCAGGGCGUGGACGCGAUCACAUCCGGACCCGCUCUGUGCCACCGUUGUGGACGUGGGGUCAGGAGUCCACUGCUUCGUUGUAUGGGCCAACUCCAGUUUCCCAAACUGUCUAUGCACCACAUGGCGUGUACCGCUCACCGAACUAA